GGUCGAAAUAAAUCUACAUAACUGUGAUUACCAUUAGCUUGUCUCCUCUCCUCCCCUCAAAUACUCUUCAAUGUGGAAACAACAAGAAAGGUAUCAUGCUUUGAUUCUAUGUGGUUGUCAUUCAAGUGUACACUGUCCAGUCGCUUAUGAUUCUACCAUGUCUGAUACGCAAGAUGGAACCUAUCGAUGGCAAAGAAGAGAAAGGAUGGGACGAGGAGGUAAGGACAAAGAUUCUUCGCCAACACCAGCUUCAAAACCUCCAGCUCCUAUUAUCCUGGGAUUAGCACGUCCUUCAGCAUCGCAGAGCCCUGACCAUCAACCAUUGACGAGUUCGCAGCAACCGCAGGCAACCCACGGGGACACUACACACGGUCCCUCCGAUGGAAGUUACGGUGGUGCAGCCAGCGGUGGGUCAGUGGUUGGCAGCGCUACAAGCAUAAACUCGCCUCAGAUCCACAGAAUUGCAGAUAAACCUAUCGUAGUGCUUAAGUCAAGAGAUGACACUCGUGUCUUGCCAGCGUCCGCUUCCGCUCAAGCGCCUGCGGCGCCACAAGAUAUCCCACAUCCCACCCCUCACCUGCCAAGCUAUCCUGUGCAGCAGCAGAGACACAGCCUUUCAUCCCAGCAAAAUCUGGAGUCAGGUAUCGUAAAUCGCCUUGCCCCGCCACCAGAAAUGAAACAUAGCGUUAAACUGAUUGAUGAAAAUUUUCGAUGGGUGGACGCGGGCAUCGACGAACUCGUGGAACAAAGUGAUUACCUGGUUGUUGGGACUCUUGGUUUACAAGGAACAGGGAAAUCAACAAUUCUGUCCUUGCUAGGAGGCAAUACCCCGCAAGAUGCUUACAGAAACUACAUCUUUCAACCUCAGACGAAGGAGACGAGGGAGGAGGGCUCACAUCAGAGCGUUGGCGUGGAUAUGUUUGCAACACCUGAGCGCAUCAUUCUGCUUGACUCACAGCCAGUCCUCAGCCCCUCCAUCCUCGACUGUAUGAUCCGGCAUGAAAAAAAGUAUCCUGCUGACUACACCUCAACGGAGAAUUGGAUUGAAAUGCAGUCCCUGCAGAUUGCAACUUUCUUAAUGACAGUGUGUCAUGUUAUUAUUGUAACACAAGACUGGUUCACAGAUCUCAACUUUUUAAAAUUUUUGACGACGGCAGAAAUGCUGAAGCCGCAGAUGCACUCAACAAGUCAUGAAAGCAGCCAGGAAGAUUCCACUGAGUUUUAUCCAACCAUUGUGUUUGUUAUGAACAAAGCAGGGUCUGAUGACUUCACUCCAGAGACAUAUGCGAACAUGCAAGUAGUUCUUGACCAGAUGUUUCACUCCUCCAAGCUUAAGUAUAAAGGUGCUGUCUCAAUGAAAAAAGACAAUAUCAUAUCUGUGUUAAAAGCUAAGGAAGGUGGACUAGAGACAGAUGUCAAUCUGUUCUUGCUUCCAGUGAUGGAAUAUUACAAGACAGAGCCAGAAUCUAUUCUGAGCUACCUACCAGAGUAUCGAGGCUGCCCUAGCUUUGCUUACUUGCUGCGGUCAUUUCGCAACCAGGUCUAUUCAAUGCCAAAAACUAUGAUAACACAGUCACAACUGUCUGAAAGAAACUGGUUCCAUUUUGCUGCUCGCAUGUGGGAAGCUGUCAAAAAGUCACAACUUUUGGCCGAGUAUAACCGCCUGCUACCUUAAAGUUUGACUAUUUCACUCACUUUUUUUUUAACUUUAACCUUCUUAAUACUAACCCUGAAUGUUAUUCUGGCCAUUCUAUAAUGCUGGGUUGCUUUAGAUUAAACAAUCAUCAGCACAGUAAUUAUUUAGAUGCUAGUGUUAGUCAUGAAAACAUUGUUAAAUGUUAAAAAUGUUUAGCAUUCUGUCUAGCCUGAAUCAUUUCAUACUCUGAACUCUUUGGUUGAAAACUGUGAGCGUAACGUGAUAUAGUAGUUAAUGUGACAUUAUUUCAAAUCCCUUCUAGAUACAGUGCCUAGACUGAAAGUAAAAGUUCCGAUUUUAUUUUUAGGACUGACAUUUUCCACCCAUGUGGCAGAUGAGAUAAACUUCAUUUAUUUUCUUGUCAUCAUUCUGCUUUUGUAACUUUUGUCUAGCUGGUCAUUGCCUGGAAUGGAUACAACCAGCAGCUGACAGAGUUCACUGCAGUGUCCUUUGUUGUAUGGUAUAAAAUAAGUCCAGCACAUGAAGGUCAAAGGUCAGUCCAAUCAUUGCUGUUUGUCAGCCAGUACUUCUGCUGACAUCUACAUCAAGCUUGGGUGUAGUUUAUCAUGUCAAGCUACAUGGCCAGACCACACUAACUUUCCCUUUUUCAAUGGUUGUCAGAAAGGGUUCCUAUAGGUGAUUUUUUUCACCCCACAACUGCUGGUCUUGUGGUCACAGUGGAAAAUUAGAAGCCGUUUCCUCAACCAGUUUGUCUUAAAGUACCCAAAUCUUUUUCUCUGAAUUGGCAUUGUGAGUGGAAAACCUGGUCAGUAGAACAUAGAUGACAUGUCUCUGAUAGAUGAUUGAUGCCAGAAUAACCCAUAACAUGCACAAAUUUCUGGGCAGACUUUAUGAAAAAAGAGGGGAGGGAGUGUUAUGAGUAAAUAUUUGACCUUAUAAAAGCCAGCAACACCUGACAGAAACAAUGGUGCUAGUGGAAAUCAGUAAAAGGGGUGAUGACCCCUGACAUUAGCAGUUACAAAACAUGGGGGCAGGAUGCCAAAUUCAAAACUUCCUAUUACACUCAUUUUUAUUCUGAGAGAUCAGAACCAACUAAUAUAGUCUGAGCAGCAAUAGUUGAAAAUUAAACAAGAUUUGAAUGUAAUUUGUACCAACAAUAUUUUUUUAAAGAAAGGCUAAAACCAUAGAACAAGCAUGAUUGCUGAUGAUCUAGUCUAUGUAUGACUUAUAUAAAGUGCAAUAAUCAAAUCUUUGGAAAGGCACUAUAUAAAUCCUCAUUAUUAUCUACUAUUAAAAUAACAAUGCUUAACUGAUUAAAAUAUCUAGAAAAAUGGUACCAGUUAUUGGUGAAACCACAACAGAUCAGUAAAAUAGAAAAUGACAGUGUAGUUUUUGAGUAUUAAGGAAUUUAUGUUUAUUGAUAGGUAUGAAAAGCUUUAGUGGCAGGCCUAUUUGAGUUUGCAUCACCAGAAUGUGUAUUUUUCAGUGAAUAAUUUUUUUUUAAUGAAAUGUCUGCUUGCAUUUUUAAAGCCCAGAAAUAAAUCAGUGUUAACUGUU